ACAAGCGUGCGACAAAUCAAUUUUACUUUUCCACGCUAAUGCGGAGCAACGGAAGUGUUUCGCAGAAUCGCGCGCGCUAAAAGGGACAAUGGAUCGUGUCGCUUUUGUGCACCGUUGCCGGGCGUUAAAGCUGUCAAUUUUUUUCGCGCGCCGUCCGUUUACUUUUUAUUACUCGUGUGUCUCUGUAUUAAUCAGACGGCGAUGAACACACCGGUAAUAAUCAAUGAAACAACGCGCAGGGGGUCGCGUCACUUGUCCACGAAACCUCACCGCGAGCGCGAAAAAAAAGGAAACAAAGCGUCGCUCUGUAUUCCUUUAACGAUGUAAGGAGUUUUGCAAUUCCAACGAGUCUCCGAGCUCGAAUGCAAAACGUCGUAUCGAAAUAAUUGACAAUCCGAGUGACAGAAGUUGCGAUUCGAUGCCGAGAUACCAAAGGUAAAAGAGAAAAGGGCGAACUUAAAAACAGCAGCCUUUUCAUUAGUACGAGUGGCGUUGCUCAUUAGCAUCCGCUUUCCCGCUGAAAGAAGUGCAGCUUCGUGCAGCUGGCCCUGUCCAAAAAGAAAAACGAGAAUGACAAAAGAACAGGCAGAAGACAUUUGGUCGAAAGCGCCCGAAGAGCUUGCGCAUGCAGGAAGACGAGGAGUCGACGGCAGGAUGUAGCAUCGGCGAGAGCGAGAGAGGGAGCGAGAGAGGGAGCGAGAGAAAGGGCGAGAGUGAGAGGAUAUUGAUUGGAGUGAGCGCAGCGUCAGAGGCAUGCGCGACCAGGCAGGCAGGCGAGCAGGCAGGCCAGGCCGUAGUCCCACGCCCGUCACCGCUCUCAGACCGCCGCCUCGUGUACCGUCGCGAGGACGAUGCUGCUGCUGCUGCUGCUGCUGCCGCUACUGGUGUCGCCGCUGCUCGCUGCUCAGCGUUUCGAUAGCGUUGCCGGCCGCGAGGUCUUGGACGAGUAGAGCGCAGGAUAAGCCAAGUUGACAGUGAAGUAGGCGCCGAGAGAAGCAGAGAGAAGAGAUUGGUCGCGAGAAUGUCCGACAGCGAGGAUACGGAAGGUUCGUGCGCCGACUGGAACAUAACGAGGGAGUGGCUGGAGGGUAUGCUGGCGGAGCACCUCGGCAACAAGGAAUGCAACAAGCCCGAGGUGAUCGACUUCCAGGUGCGUCCCGGCUGCAGCGCCGGUGAGAGCGUGCUCAGUGACAUUCUGGCCGUGAGCCUCGAGUACCGUUUGCCAAACGACAAUGCCGCCAGCAAGCAGCUCAGUCUCAUCGUCAAGAGGUUGCCUCAAGAUCCUUACAGCCGUUUUUUCGUUACCGAGGCGCAGUUCGACCUCCGAGAGAUUCGAUUCUACACGCAGGUGGUGCCGGAUCUCGAGGUGUUCCAGAAGCAGAACAGACUGGCAAACGCCGAGCCAAUAGACCUGCCGAUACCACGCUGCAUUCACGCUCAUUACAGUCCCGGUGGCGGCGGCAGCGAGGACAGUCCCGAGCUGCCCGAGUCGUUUCUCGUGUUAGAAAAUCUCGGCUCGCGCGGCUUCGAGGGCGCCGAAUUCUCGCGCGGACUCACGCUGAAGCAAGCCGAGGCCGCCCUCGACGCCGUCGCGCGACUGCACGCUCUCUCGCUCACGCUCAAGGUCAAAGAAGGAAAGCCGCUGUCCGAGAGAUACCCGUUCUUGUUCCAGACGACCAGGGCGACUGACUCCUAUCAGCAGCUGGUGGAACGGGGACUACCGCAGCUGGCCCGUUUCCUGGAGCGACGCCCGGGCCUGGAGGCCGUGCUCGAGUCGCUGCUGGCACUGCGCCCGCGCACAAAGGAAGUGAUCGCCAAUCUGCUGGCGCCCGAAGGGCCGCUGGCCUUGAUCACCCACACGGACUUCUGGUGCAACAAUCUGCUGUUUCGCGACGCGGACGACGGCAAGCUGUCCGAGUGCGCCGUGAUCGACUGGCAAAUGGUCACGUACAGUCGGCCGACCAACGACGUCGCUCUCCUGCUCGUCAGCAGUCUGCCUACCGAGCUGCGCCGGAGACACACCGCCAAUUUGCUCGACGGCUACUGGCACACGUUAAACAAGAGCUGCGCGAGCCUCGGACUCGACAUCGCCAACGAAUUGCAGUACACGAGAUCGGACCUCGAUCGCGACUAUCGGCGCAGUCAACUGCUAGCCCUAUUGCUGUGCAUCGGUUCGGUCGACGUGGCCUUGGGUGAUCCCAUGACCGAGCAGCGACUCAUCGAUGUGCUCGAGGAUUUGCACAACGACGGUGUGCUCGACAUCAAGGACAUCGUGGAGACCGUCGAGGAAACUUGAUUGGCCAAAGUCGCUAGCAAUACAGCUACGAGCACAGUAUUCACGCACAGUAUACUAUAAUUUCCCGUUCCUUUUUUUCUUUUGCCUAUCGCGCGCGCACACGAGUACACGUUCUAGGCGAAACCGACGGUAAAUACGACACGUGUACACUGGAAGAAAUAUCGCGUAAAAAUUACCGUAACUGUCACGGUAAAGCUGGGACAUUAUAGCAAUUUGUCAAUUUUUAUGAUGAAAUCGGUCCAAUUAUUAUAAAUCUAAGCAUAAGCACUGCUCAACACUCCGAGAAAUAUUACAAUUCCGCACUGUCAUUUUUCCAAAGAAUAAUAUUUCUAAUGAAUUUAUAGAAUUUUUCUGACGAUUUUCAUGAAUUUCUACAUUAUACACGUUAAAUUUUACUGUUUCAUCACGGUAAUUUAUAGUACUGAUAAUAAAGUGCAAAAAUUCACAUAGACAAAACAAUGGUGCUACGGCAGUAUCAAUUGCACAGGAUGCUCGAGUGAAAACAUUUGUUAUUGUUGUACGUUCCUGAAUUGAGGGCAAAGUAAAAAUUUUGAUUAAUUAAUUGAACAACCAAUAAUGGAAAACUAUUUAACAAUUUAAAAUUCUUCUUUGGUGGGUGUGAAUCAAAAAACUUUAGGAUUGGUUCAACAUUUUGGUUUUAUCAUUUUUAUAACCUUCAACAUUGCAAUACCUUAAACCGGAUCUGUUUUAUCAAUCGGCAGUGCCAAGUUCGGAGAGUAGGGGAAUUUUUACAAUGACGAUUCUGCAAAAUUUUAUUCAGAAUUUGAGAAAAAUUAUAAGAAAAUUCAUAAUUUUUAUACGAUAUCACUUCAAAUUUGUGAAGCAGUCAUAGUGUCUUAGCUUUACCGUGAUGCACUGUAAUUUUUAUGAAACACUUUCUUCCGUGUAGGCUACACGAGCGAGCUAAAAUAGAGAAGGGUGUAGAUUAUAAUAUUCAAAGCUGCAAGGCCGUAUCGGAGCGGUGACACGAUGCUACUUAGAUACGUCCUUCGAGCUGUCGCUAUCGCAGGCUCUGUUAGACAUUUUCAUUAUUUUUUUUUUUUUUUGCGUCACUGCCGCCCGAACAAUUUUCAAUCUCGCGCGCUGUAGCAUAUUAUAACGCGUGCAACCUUCGUCCUCUCGAUACUACAAGAGCGUCAAACGGGAUUUUGAAAAACUGCCAUUUCCAGUACGACACAUGUGAAUCGCAUGAAUAAACCGACAUUUGCAUUGAUUACAGUCGACCUGCUUAGUAAAUACAUGACCACUCAUUCAAAGAGUCUGCGGAUCGGGAGGAUAAUUCUGUCUGUGGUAUCUCAAACUUAAUUAUGCAAUACAGCUAAUAAUAAUGUCAAAGAGCGUCUAUGGCGGAAGGUCAAAUGUCAAUUCCUAAUUGUACCAUUUUUUCGCAUGUUGCUUCGAAAGCAAACGCUAUGUUGCAUUUGCUAAUAAGACGAUUCACGUCCUUCGGUAAUCCUUUUUUUUUUAUAAUAAUUUUUCCAAUUUACGUAAUAAGAGGUAAGAGAAAGAGAGAAAUAUAUCCAUAGACACUCCUUGAAAAUAAUAUAAAGUGAUACGAGGACGUCUUUCUCCGAUCGACUUCCCACUAUUGAAAAACGCGAAUUGAUUUUGCAUAAGAAAUUAAAAAAUAUAUAUAUAUAUAUAUACAACGUAUGCAUCGACUUAGCAAGCAUUGUAUUGAUAACACUGAUGAGCGAGAGAGAGAGAGAGAGAGAAAGAGAGAGAGAGAGAGAGAGAGAAAAGAGCGACAAUCGUGCGAAUGAGAACUUGUUUCCUGGAAAAUCACCUAAUCGCCGACUUGGAAUCGAAUUAUAAUAUUUCACCUUGUCGAUCAAUUGAUUCUUUUUUUUCUUAAUAACUACCGCCAGCAGCGUACAUAGAUAUUAUAAAUAAUGCCGUCACGAAUACAUAACGAGCUCAUUUUAUCGCGUACUGCUUACUGUAAAAAAGAAAAUAAAAGAAAAUGAAACAUACGAUUAAUAGCGAUCGAUAAGAUUUGUAUCUCAGUGUGCGCGAAAAUGUGAAUUUAUCAAGAAACUCGCGUCAUUUCGUUGUUUUUACACCUUUGUAAACGAGAUGACGUUAAAAAAAAACUUAAUCGAACGUCGUUCACAGACAACAUAAAAAAACCAUCUAAUAUUAUCCAAGUGACGAGUGACUCUUAUCUAUGUAAUAUGCGUGCGUACUUUGCAAACAUCGACUGUUUUCUAUGUCACAUAUUCGCUUAAUGCAGAUUUCUAAUCAGGCACGUGUUUACAUUAUACAGAGUUCAAGUGUGACGAAACUGUCUCGUCGGAUAUAAAGUUGUCAUAUUAAAAAGCGAGAAAUUCUUUUAGAUAAAUGCUUGACGUGCUUGAGUUAAAAUUUUAGACAGUGUCUGUAUAUUUGCGAGAAGCAAAAAUGGACAGGUGGAAUUUUUUCUUCUUUUUUGACUUCUAUUUUUUUUCCUUUUCUGUUCGCUUUGCUCGAUCGCUUACGCGUGCGUUCGUCCAAGUCAAAUAUACUAACAGAGGUGAUAAUUAACUAUAGCGUCGCGUCUUCAGAAAUCAUGCAUUGUUUAAUCACGAUGAUUAAAGGAUAUUGUGAAACUAUUGAAAUUGAUAAGCGAUAAAGAUGUAGAGUUUUACUCGUUUUAAUGCUUAUAUACCAAUUUUGAUUCUUUUUUUGCAUGAUCAUGUGACUGUCUGCUAAUCGAAAAUGUUCCUUGCGGUAAGUGAAUUAAAACUUGUACUCAGUGCUAAUCAUUGAUGAAACAAAUGUAUAUUAUCAUCAAUUUUACGACAUUGUUUCUGCGCUAUCAAUUAUCAAAUGUAUUUGUAUGCUGAUGAACUUCACGAGGUCAGAUAAAUGUUAAUUUUUAUUAAUUUUAUCUGUAAUUUUUAUGCCAUAUGGAAUAAAACACUGAAAGUAAAAUUACACUUUUUACCUAUAGGUCUAUUAUGAAACUCGUUUACUUAUCGUUUAAUCCGCUCUUCGUUUUCGAGCAAUGUAAUUCAGUCUUUAUUAAAAAAUAGAUGCUUGUGGAAUAAAACAUCUUUUUUUUUCAUGUGGCGCAUUGCUUGAUACGUUACCGGAAAAAUCCUCAACGAAUGAAAAAUGAAUAAAACGUGAGCGUAUGCGCUCAUUAAAAGAAACACGAUCCGCGGAUGGGCAUUCGUGCGAUGAACCGUUAUUAUCUUUACACGUCAACGAUUUAGCGAUGACGAAUGCGAAAAAAAUGAGUAAUGUAGAGAAAAUAUAACGUCGACGCAAGAGUUAUAAAAAACCUACUUUCGCGAUAAUUAUUAGUCAAGCAUUUUAUUAUCUAACACGAGAUGUUUAGAUAUCACUACAGCUAAAAAAUUUAACAAUCUAUUCAUUAACUAUUAAUUCUUGACUUGUUAAUUUAUGAAGUAUUAAAUACCAACGUUGAUUCUAUGGAAAAUAGUUUUAUAAAAAGCUAAAUGCUUAAAAUUAAAAUUAUCAUCACGCUGUUUAAAAUACAAAAAUAUCUAUUAAAAAAUUGCACAUUCAAAUGUCGAACAUUCCGAAUAAACCGAAUAAAAUA